GCAGCCGCACGGGCUGCCCCGCCGCCGCCGCCGCCGCCUGCCGCCGGCAUUGAUGUGGAGACCGAGCGCAGCACCAUGCAGCCGCCGCCGAGGAAGGUGAAAGUUACACAAGAGCUAAAAAACAGCCAGGUUGAGCAGAUGACAAAGCUUCAGGCCAAACAUCAGGCAGAAUGUGAGCUACUUGAAGAUAUCAGAGCAUUCAGUCAGAAAAGAGCUGCAAUCGAGAAGGAGUAUGCGCAGAGCAUUCAGAAGCUGGCUAGUCAAUACUUGAAGAAGGACUGGCUUGGAAUAAAAGCUGAUGAGCGAAGUGAUUAUAGGAGCAUGUACUCAGUUUGGAAAUCGCUUUUGGAAGGUACAAUGCAAGUGGCCCAAUCUCGGCUGAAUAUCUGUGAGAACUACAAAAACUUAAUUUCUGAACCAGCCAGGACUGUAAGGUGCUUUAAGGAACAGCAAUUGAAAAAGUGUGUGGACCAGUUGACAAGGAUCCAAGCUGAAUUACAAGAGACAGUAAAAGAUUUAGCUAAGGGCAAAAAGAAAUAUUUUGAGACUGAACAGAUGGCUCAAGCGGUGCGGGAGAAAGCUGAUAUUGAGACCAAGUCCAAACUUAGUCUUUUUCAGUCAAGAAUAAGCUUGCAGAAGGCAAGCGUAAAGUUAAAAGCACGACGAUCUGAGUGUAAUUCAAAGGCUAUCCAUGCCAGGAACGAUUACCUUCUCACUUUAGCAGCUGCUAAUGCACACCAAGACCGCUAUUAUCAAACAGACUUAGUAAACAUUAUGAAGGCUCUCGAUGGAAACGUAUACGAUCACCUUAAGGAUUAUUUAAUGGCAUUCAGCAGGACUGAGCUAGAGACAUGUCAAGCUGUACAAAACACAUUCCAGUUUUUACUGGAGACUUCCAGCAGGGUGGUGCGGGAUUACAAUCUGCAGCUGUUUCUACAGGAGAACUCCGUGUUUCACAAGCCGCAACCUUUCCAGUUCCAGCCGUGCGACAGUGACGCUAGUCGACAACUAGAAUCGGAAACUGGAACAACCGAAGAGCACAGCCUCAACAAGGAGGCUCGGAAAUGGGCUACCCGCGUAGCACGUGAACACAAGAACAUCAUCCACAAUCAGCGGACGCUUGAGGAGCUAGAGUGCCAUGGGCCUGUGAUGUCUGAGCAAACCCGCGCAGAACUGGAGCAGAAAAUAGAUGAAGCCAGAGAGAGUAUUCGCAAGGCUGAGAUAAUCAAGCUGAAGGCAGAAGCGCGGCUCGAUCUGCUGAAGCAGAUCGGAGUGUCGGUGGAUACGUGGCUGAAAAGCGCCAUGAACCAGGUGAUGGAAGAGCUGGAGAGCGAGCGCUGGGCAAGCCUGCCGUCGGUGACCAACAACGGCUCUUCGCACCUGAUUAAUGCCGAUGCAGAAAAGGAGGAAGGUGAAGAGUUUGAAGACAGCAUGGAUGUCUUUGAUGACAGCAGUUCUAGUCCUUCUGGUACUCUAAGAAAUUAUCCUCUGACCUGCAAAGUUGUUUAUUCCUAUAAGGCUUCUCAGCCGGAUGAACUGACCAUAGAGGAGCACGAGGUAUUGGAGGUUAUUGAAGAUGGAGAUAUGGAAGACUGGGUAAAGGCGCGCAAUAAGGCAGGUCAGGUGGGUUAUGUUCCAGAGAAGUACCUGCAGUUCCCAACGUCCAGCAGCCUGCUGAGCAUGCUGCAGUCCCUGGCGGCGCUGGAUAGUCGGUCGCACACCUCGAACAAUUCAACUGAGGCUGACCUCGUCUCGGGCAACCUGAACGGAGACUCCAGCGUCUGUUUUGUAAAAGCACUUUAUGAUUAUGAGGGCCAGACAGAUGACGAGCUGUCCUUCCCUGAAGGAGCAAUCAUCCGCAUCUUGAACAAGGAGAAUCAAGAUGACGAUGGCUUUUGGGAAGGGGAAUUCAAUGGCCGUGUUGGGGUGUUCCCAUCUGUAUUAGUUGAAGAACUUACAGCCUCAGAAAAUGGAGAGACUCCGUGGAUUGGAGAUAUUCAGGUGUCCCCAACUCCGAAGCCCAACAACGCCGUGCCGCCGCUGCCGCUGUACGACCAGCCGCCCGCCAGUCCGUACCAUAGCCCUGAUAAAAGAGGUUCCCAGUACUUUCCCAGAUCGCCAUCAACUAACGAAAACAGCUUCGGUUCAGAGUCUCCGGGAUUCUCACAGCCUCCGCGACUCCCUCCUGAAACUUCUUAUGGCAAACUGCGACCUGUGCGAGCAGCUCCGCCGCCCCCUACGCAGCAUCAUCGCCGGACGACAGAGAAGAUAGAGGACGUGGAAAUUACUCUGGUGUAACGAUUGGACUAGUUCAGUAGUAGUGCUACAAUCAAGGCCAAACGCGGUAUUUGGUCGAUCUCGUUUUUAGGCACCUUUGCAUGAUGAAGACUUUUCCUAGAGCAAGAGAUAGGAAGGAUUUUAUGUGACAGUGACAUGGUGGACUCCUUCCCACAGUCAUGAAUAUUUUGUGCCUUUUUUUUUGUUUUGAUUUGUAUAUAUCAUUCUUCCUCUAGCACAAACCAAGAUGGGCCAAACAGCGAGCAGAGGAUCGCCUUGGAGCAGGUUUCUCUCUUGGCUGAAGAUGGUCAAUUUUUAUAUGGAGGCUUAGGAAAGAGCCUCGUUCAUGCAAGUUAGUCAUAGCAUACUUAUAUCACGUGCAUUAGUACAGUAUAUUACUGUUGCCAUAGGAAUGUGUUAAGAUUGUCAAUUCUUCAAGUAGCAUUACUUGUCUGAUUAGGUAUUAAUCAGAUCUUACAGAAUGAAAAAGGGAACCGAAAAAUAAGUAUAAGGAGAGGCUGGCUCCUCUUUUAUCCCCUUGAAGAAGGAAGAAAAAGGAAAAUAAUCUUAUAAGGAAAAGUGAUGCAGAUCAUAUGGCGUUAAUUACAUUAAUGCACACCUCUUCGAUAAUUAACAAUUAAACAGAACUAAAUGUUCUUUGUAUUAAUAUUUAUGCAGUACAUUUAGUAAUAGAGGAUCUAAUAUGGAGGUGCUGAAUUAGUAGCAACAUCUUGUUCCAUAGCAUAAACCAACUGGUAGAAAAGUAAGUGAGAUUUUGUCUAGAUCUGGAAAUUGAGCUUCAUUUUUUUUUUCUUAGCAGAUUUUGGCUUUUUGAUUUUUUUUUUUAAGUAUUUGGGUCACUCUUAUCCCAGUUAUUGCCUGUACUUUAUUAUCCAACAUUAGCAGUAUAUCUUUGUCACCAGAACAUCUGGCUAGAGUUAGAAGUUACAUUUAGAAUAUUUACAUGCAUUAUAUAGUUUUUGCAUUGGAUGGUCCUGUAGCAUUUUCCCAUGCAAAGCCCAUUAACUAGCCAAAUCUGGAGAACCAAGAAAAUCUCUGGUUUAUACCAAGCCUUCAGACCACCUCUGUGGCCAAGAGUAACAUAACAGACUAUGCUCUCAAAUUACUCUUAGGCACAAAAUAGAGAGUGAAAGAAUUUCAAAGCUAAUUUUAAAUCAGAGAUCUCUGAAAAGGAAACCGCUUUCUUUUAUUCACGUGAAAGAGAAAAGAAGAGGGUAUUCCGAGUUGUAACCUGAAGAAGAAUGGUCAGAGCAGAGGGAAAAAGUGACGAGAUUUUUCACUAAAUUAUUCUCAGAAGAGCAAUAUCCAUCAGAUCAAAGCUUCAGUUAGAAAGCAUCACAAAUUUGUUGUUUUUAAGCUGUUAUAUGGGUUAUGUUGAAUGCGCUCUUAUGUGCUCACCUUUUUUUUCCUACGCCAGUACAUUUUCUACCUUUAGUUUACUAACAAGGGCUAUUUUUGAGGCUGCAUUUACAAAAAUCAUCUAACAAGAUUUUAUCAUAAACUUUGCACAUACUUGUAAAUCCCAACUCAAGCUGGGUCUCUGAAACAUUCGCCUUUGCCAAUCUCCUUUCCCAGUGGGAUCUUUAACCAAGAGUGGGGCUGUUUGAAGAGAAAAAAAUUCAUUGAUCAGUUAUGAAAUCAGUGACUGUCCAAUGAAGAGUCUUUUCCAUAUUUUUUCAUUCUUUUGCACCUCUUGUCCUGUUGAUCUGUUUGAGGUCUUUUUAUGUGUUUAUCAAACUUGUUCUUAAGUUUAAAAAAAGAGACGUUUUUAAAAAGAUGUAACUGUUUGCAGAAAUUUUGAAAGCUUCACAAUGCAGAAGAAAAGCAAGCGUUGCCAUAACGUUCAUGUUCAAUUUCUUUGGCCAGUUUUUCUGUGUCCUUCAUGCCUGGACUUUCAAAAUUCAGAAAGUGUUAUUUAAAGUCUCUUUAGUUGUAUUUUAAAAUAUUUUCUGUAAGAGCUGCUAAUUUUAUUUAAAAAAAAAAGAAGAAAAGUUGUAAAAAUAUGCCUCCUUUUUAACUAUGAUUUCUUCAUACAGGGCAUGUAUUCGACGUAUCAUCGUGUACAGCGUCAGUACACUGAAAGCAUAGGUGCAAAUGCUUUCUUUAUAUUGGCUGUAAAAAGUUUGUAUUUAUUAUGUAUAAAAAGUUGAAUAAUAAAAAAGUGGAACUAAA